AGGUCCUCACAAAGAUAGCCAUACAGAAACACACACUCUCUCUGUCACACACACGCACACGUGUGUAUGUUUUGGUGCUCUGGUGUGACGGGUCACCGGCUGACUGAAGCAGCCUCUGUGCGCCUGUUGCUGGGAGCUCCGGCCAAUCAAAGCCGCUGCUGCUGCUGCGCUCUCGUGCAAGAAGAAGAAGAAGAAGAAGAAGAAGGAGAAGCAUGACAUCAUGCUCAGCUCUGAGCGUCUCUGCAAAAAACAGCGGCUGAAACAUCUCCGUUCGUCCCACGACUGCAAAGCGCAGUCGACGGCAGGCCGACGCGUCUGCGCUGUGUGAAAACAGCGUCCCUGUCCGUGCUACGCUUUAGAUCCGGGAGACUGGAGCUCUGACUGGAGCCCGGUGUGCGCGAGCGGAGGCAAGGAGGGGCAUCCGUCUGUCCGUCUGUCUAUCUGUCUGUCAGUCUGUCCAUACGUCCAUCCGACAGACCGGGGGGAAUGGCGGAUGGCGAGGCUGGCGCGUCUGUGGAGUGUAGAGGGACAGUGGUGAUGGAGGUUUAGCAGAAUAACAUCCGCAGUCUUAUUUCCGUGCAUAGCUUGGUUUUUCAUCUUUGACCAUGGAUCCUGAGAAUAAGCUGACAUUCUGCCUCGGGCUGAAGGCGGAGGAGAUGACCAUGUCCCUGCAGGGGCUGCACGGCACCGAAACAGCUACGGCUGCUGUUUCUCAGAAGGAGGCAGACACUCGCACAGUUAAUAAGGUGGUGAAGCAGCACCCGGGGUCUGGUAGCCAGCCUGUAGUCAGCCCCAAGUACUGUCCCGGUGUGAACAAUAACCCUGGUUACCUGUGUGAAACUGGACACUGCUGUGGAGAGACGGGCUGCUGUACCUACUAUUAUGAACUCUGGUGGUUUUGGCUCUUGUGGACGGCGCUGAUCCUCUUCAGUUGUUUCUGCGCUUACCGCCACCGCAGAGCCAAGCUGAGGGUCCAGCAGCAGCAGAGACAGAGGGAGAUCAACCUGAUCGCCUACAACGGAGCCUGCAACUACCCGUCCUCAAUGCUCGACCUCAGUUUUCUGGCUUCCUUCAAGUUGCCGUCCUACGAGGAGGUGGCUGCGCAGCCCUGCACCCCUCCUCCGCCUUACAGCUCUGUCUUUGCUCUGCAGGCUGGUACCAUGGGGGGGCCUAGCUCCUCUUUCCCCCACUAUCACCAUCACCGUAACCCCUGCCCCCCCUAUCCGGACCCCGGCCCCAGUGGCAUGACUUCUUCCCAGAGCUCUGACAACUACACCAGCUGCUCCUGCGAGUCGUGCUCCCUCACCUCCCCUUCAAGCACCUCCUUCUCCGUGCAGGUGACCGACGAGACUUACGACAGCAGCCACAUCUCCACACCCAGUGAGGUAGGAGGCGACUGUGCCAUUAUUCCAAGACUAGGGGCCACUUACACACCAACACCGUCCCCCCCACUUCCAUCACAACCUGAUGUCAUACCUGCAGCCAGUCCAGAUUUCCUCCCCGUGCAGACACGUCCCUCUAAUGGCAGUGAAGGAAUCUCACCUCCAGCUUCAUCCCUUUCUCUUCCAUUACACUCUCAUUGUUCACCUUCUUGCCUGCCGCUUUCUCCCCUCAUCCUCUUAUCUUCCCUCCCGUCUGGUCAAGUCCAUCCUCUUGUCCUCUCAGACCCGCUUGGACCCACCGCAGUCCAGGGCGAGAAAGGAGAUGCGGCCUCACCUCACGGUCCGACACCCAGGGCCAUGCCGCUGCCCCCUAAACAUGUUCUCCUCUCCUCAAAUAUGGCUGUGUUCACGCGUUGCAACAGCAAAGAAGAGCAGAAGCAAGAGAAAGAAGAGGAGGAGGAGGAGGAAGACGAAGAUGACGAGGAGGAUCAUUUCCGGCACCGGCGACUCACAGGUGACUCAGGCAUUGAGGUGUGUCGCUGUCAUGUGAAGAGAGAGGAUCUGGAAGAAGAGGAACUGCAGAAGGGGCAUUUGGGGAGAGGAGAGAAAGAGGCCGUGAAGGGGGAGGAGAUGGAAGACGUGCUACACGACAGCAUGGACUGUUCCCGUCGAGUGAAGGCCAGCGGGCAGCUGCCUCUGCUGGACGAUUGAGCUGAGCAGCGUGGCAGCAUCUCCUCAUCCUCUGGUGUAAUCCAGACGACCUGCAAAGCCAUUGUCACUGUGGAGGCCUCGUACACUGACGGCCAAUGAGAAGUAUUAAAACAAGACGGGGGGAGGGGCUACUGUAGAAAGGUUACAAAUCAAAAGACAGGAUGAAUGGAGCCUCUUGUUUUCUUUGGGUUCUGUUUCAGACCUUAAAGAGGAAGGUUUUGUUUAUUUCAGUUGGCCGAGUUGUUUAGAGGUUCAGGAGAAAGUCUCUUCUCUUUCUCUUUCUCCAUCAUUUUCCUGCAUGUUAAUCAAAUCAAAUCUUUUACACGUAGCUUAGUGUCAGUGUAACACCAGCCCUCCACCGUUGACUUUGUAUCUCUCUGCUUGCUAAAUCUUAGCUUUUUUUUCCCCAGAGAAACUCCUCAAAGUUGGUGGUUGUCAACGGUUGAUAUAUCAGAAGCGGAAUGAAAGUAGGAUAAUGACAAAUGGAAUCUACUUUAUAGACUUAAAAGCUACUUUUCUAGUUGCUUUCAUAUUUGUUGUGUGUAUGUAUAUAUAUAUAUAUAUAUAUAUAUAUAUAUAUGUAUAUAUGUAUAUAUAUAUAUAUAUAAUUACGGAUUGUUUCACAGUUAGUGCCGAGUGAAUUUCAACAAUCUGAGAAGCUGAGAAGUCAGCCUGUGGUUGAACAACAUAUGCAAAGUAAGAUGUUCUUUCACUUUGAGGCGUUUGGAACCACAACUGUGUAUAUAUAUGUAUGUAUAUAUAUAUAUAUAUAUAUAUAUAUAUAGUGUAGCAACAGCAGGAUAACGGUGUACUCAGCAUUAUUUCCAUCAUCCCACACUGUUUGAUCAGCACAAAAUACACUGAUUAUCAUAAUAGAUAUUUUAUUUUAUUUUGAAAAGAGCAGCUUCAACAAUAUACAUAUGUUUGUAUAAAUAAAUAUAUAUAUAUCUAUAUAUAUAUAGAUAUAUAUAUAUAUAUACAUAUAUAUCUAUAUAUAUAUAUCAUUUCACUCUACUGUCUUCUAACUUCUUGAAAAACUUCGGCAAGUUUGCAUCCACGAAAUAGAAAGAUUCCUUUGUUGUAGAGUGACUUUUUUUCAUUCACCAGCUCAUUAAUCAGAGGAAAUAUUGACAGAAGGAAACUAUAGUGAUUGAUUUAAGACGUGUGUGUGACUUUUUUACAGCGCGUCUCCUGUUGCUCUCUUAAUUAAAGGGGAUGUAAACAUCGAUCAAAAUGUAUGGGUGGCAAAGCUUUACCGUGAUAUAAUGAUGAUAUGUAUAGAUGUAUGUAUAGACUGUUAAAGGUCCAGUGUGUAAGAACUGGUGACAUCUAACGGCGAGAUUGCAGAUUGUGAUAGCAUAACAGAGAGGAUGCAAUCUUCUUUAAUUGUGUAGCAAGUUUCUGCCUCAAAAUGCCCGCUCUAGCAGGUUUGUCCACUCGGGCUUCUGUUGAAACAUGGUUUCAAGUUUCAAUUUCUGCCAUCGAACCCUCCUAGAUCUUGCACACGGGACCUUUAAAUAAAUAUACUGUGUAAUUAGCAGACUGUUUGACCUUGGAUGUAAAGUGUUUGAACUGUUUCCUGGUUGGUUACUGCCAAGUUUGCAAGGCAGUGUAGGUCAGACAUGGACGGACUGUUAAGUUUUUAUAAGGCAGGAACUUUAAACCUCAUCGUGGAUCAUGAAAAUGCCUGGAAAAGUGUCCAAAAACUGCAGCAAGGCAGAUUUGAUGGUUGUUUUUUUUUUGUUGAUGAGGUGUUAAAUAUACAUAGAGUGAUGGUUUAAAGCCACCGUUAUGACGCAUUUUUUUGAGUACCGCUGUGUGGGAAUGCUUUUCUCCAAAUGUAUCCUGUGUUUGUAUAGUCUCUGCCCCAGAAGGUGGAGUGUGAUACCGUUGACUGGUGCUCUGUUAGGAUUACGAGGAUUUAGUCUCAGUGCUUUGAAGGCAUGACACACGUGCGCUCACUUGUUCCAUCUCAGAACAAAAUGUACUGGAAUCCCAUUUCAGAUGUAUUUGUCUCGCUGUGGUUUGUGUGAGACAGACGUCUCUGAAGGUUCUUGACUAGAGGAGCCGUCGCUGUGUCCUUGGAGAAGUCUUAGCCUCGGCUCAGCUCCACACCUUUAUUUGUCAAAGACAGCUCAUGCUUGUUUGUGGACUCUGAGAAGAGUGUGCCUCUGGGGUGUGAGUAGGUUUGUAUUGCAGUUUGCUCUUUUUUCAUCUGGGUCUUCUCUGUCCAAAGCUCUUGUGCAGUGACUCACGGGUGUGUUUCAGAGGAGACGCCGUUGUCUUCUCUGCGCUGUACAUAUUUAUCUUAGAGCUGCUGUCAGGGAUGUUGUCGUUUUGACUCAUGGGCACACAGUAUGUACGUGGACGCUGCAUUAGCUGCUGGAGAAUGCGUCAAUGUUGCUGCCAUCUUGGGAGUGGAAGUAGGAAUGAGAAGGAUGCAGACAUAGCUGCCCUUUUUAAACAAGAAUCUGGGGAAUUAGUAGCCUACUGCACUUAUUUUAUACAAUAAAAUUAUUGUAAUUUUCUGUCAUUGAGUAUGAGAUGAAUAUACAGUGCUUAACAAAUGUAUUAAGACACCAUCCAAACCCUAAACUUACACCUUUGGUUAUUAUCAAACUCAUUGUGAUGCUUCUGUAAUGGUUAAUACACCAGUGUGUAGAAGCUCUUUAACCUAAAUGAUAUUUUUAAUGCUAAAAUAUAGUUAUUAUUGUUAUUCAUGAUAAUCCAAAAUGAUUGUUUUACAAAAAACAAACAAACAAAUUGCUCAAAUUCAGGUUUAAAAAGGUGAAUUCAGUUUGUUAUUUGCCAAAUAAAUAUCAAAAAUGGUUUAGUUUUAAUCACGUUUUUGAAAGAUUUCUAACAUGGUGUAAUACAUGUGUCAAGCACUGCACAUGAUUAAACAUAUACAAGAUUCAUCCAGAUCAGAUAAAUGUCAAAGAUAGUGUGUUUUAUUCUGAAAAAACACAGUUUCCUCAUCUGCUUGCACUGGUUUAUAGGGCGGACUUGCCCUUACCAAGAUGGCGGACGCUGUGACGCGUCACUUCUUGUCUGUAUGUCGCCUCAUGAGCACGUUUAGUGAGGGUUCGCGUUUAUUAAUGGACAAAUGGCCUAAAGUCACAAGCAGAGAGGACACACACACACACACACACAGAGAGGGAGGGAGGCCAUUUUGUGCUUUUUGUGGUGCUCUGUCUCCUGAUUGGAUAAAAUGUGAUAACUAUCAAGUUUCUCCCAGACUAAGAGACUGAGACUGAGAGUGUUGUGUCACUGAGUGAAUCCUCUAGAUUUAAAAUGACUGUUGGAAUAUAGAGCUAUUUAACACAUAUUUUUAAUGAAAGUACUUCACUGACAGCAGCUUUAUUUAAUUAGAUUCAAAUAAUAUUUUUACAUUCAAAGUAUAUGGUGCCUAUAGGUGAAAUAAAAACAAUUAGACUUUGACUUUGGGUUUGGCAUUCUCUCGUUUAAUGCUGCUAUGUGAACGUUGUGUGUGUUUCCUGUAAAUGAUGUACAUAGCCAUACGUCAACAUGGGCAGACAUUUUCUAACAGUGCUUGGCAAUCUCUGCAUCAAAUAUUUACAGUACAUGUGAGACUUGCAACAAUAGUAUUUAGCAAUAGUAUUCACACUUUUUUCCUUAUUCUAGUUAAGGCUGGUUGACAGGAAAUUAGCUGUUGUGAAAAAGACAUUUACCUCUUCAUUAGUAAUCGAUGAGCUGUGCUGGGCAGAGGCCCUUGAUUGUACAUGACACAGCAUUUUUGAUGCCUUUGGCUUAAGGUUUCUCCCAAGUGCAAACUCAGAAUUUCUGAUUUUUACCGUAGCGAUGGUUUGUGCCUCUUGUGUUUUAACAUUACAUUCAACGAUACUUCCAUAUUCUUAAAAUUCCCUUCUGUCUAUCGGGAUAAUUGAAUUAAAUAUAAAAUAAACACCCUGAUGCAUUAUAUAAAAGAUAUUUAGACCUUUUUAUUUAGAACUUUUUCCAGCUUACAUUUUUUCCUGCACCAAUAUGGUAGAAAUUAGGCAUGCCUAUGCUCUAAAAACAAUUUUUUAUUCGAAAAUAUUGACAUUUGCCACAGAUUUAUACAUCCCAGCUUGGGAAACAAAUCUUGAAAGGCCAUUCACACACAAAAUAUAAUUUUUUUUUUUUUACUAAUUUCCAGAGAUAAAUGUGUUAUUCAGGAAGUUGGGAUUGUAAAAAAAAAAAAAAAAGAAAAUUGACAAGAAGUCGAUGUCAAAGUCACUUCCUUCAAAGAAAAUAAAAGCCCUUCUCUGCUCUUAACUAUUUCUGUCAAGUUUUAUCGAUAAAAGAUCUGAAUUUUUUUUUUAAAUAGUUAAAUUUAACCCUGACUCUGUAAUAGUAAACAAACGGCAGCAUCGUAAUGAUUUGAAGUUUAUUCUUCAUUUGACCAAGUGGGACAAAAAAUGGGUGCAACUGCCCUUUAAGUUGAACGAUUGAUAACAUUUGGUUUCCUCUUGAGUAUUUAGGUUUGUAAUAAUAUUCAGGAGCAAAAUUCUCAUCUUUUAUUUUGAGAAAGUUCCAACAAAUGUGGUUUGCCUUAAACUAAAAGUCAGAAUGAAUUGCUGUGGUGUUUUGCAGCUCGUGCUUUUUUCCCUUUAUUGAUUUAUUGAACUGGAUCUGGCCUUGUAUUAUAGUUUAAGCCCAUGUUUGUUGGCCAUAAUUGCAUGUGUCACUAUACGAAUCUAAAUUCAUUCACAUAUUUUAAUGACAGGGAAUAGAGUUGUGACUUUGGAAAACAGCUAAAAGUCUGUUAUUGUGCAGUAAACGUAUUUUUUUAUUCAGACGAAAAUUUGGAAACCACUGGAUUUAAUGUAGUUAUUUUUCCUUUUUCCCAAAAGAGGAUUGAGUAUAAAGUGACACACAAGGAGUCUGAUCCUCACCCUGGACUCUAACUUCACAUCAAAGCCAAACUGAGUUCACUGUAUAUGGAACUACUUUAGUUUAGCAGCUACCGUGUGCAAACAAACAAAAAUGCCCAAACUCUAUCCUCAUCGCCUCUGUAGGCCAACGCCUGAUACAAGACUGUUACCUUGCUGGGUUUUGACUGCAAAGGACUGUUUACUUUUUCCUUAUGAAGAUAGUAUUUGCUCUAUAUUUGUACUGACUUAAUUUUGUAAUGUUAAGAAAAUGAUCAACAGAAUCAAACACACAAGAGAACCAAUGCACAAUGGUACGGCUGAACUCGUUUGCCAGGAAAGGGCAAAAAACAUCCGACCCUGCUGAUUCAGGAUAAGUCAUGACUGUUUGGAAACAAAGUAUUCUCCUUUUUACUCCUGCAGCUGUGGGACUGCAGGAUUUAUAGCAGUAUCUUUAUGUGACUGUGUGUGCAUUAGUUCAGGUGAAUAUAACUACAAAGUGUGGUGUUCUUUGAGGGUAUCUUUGUGCAAUUGUACUUGCGGCUCUUCAGUGUGUCGUGUGUAUGUGUGAGAGAGUUCUUGUCAGCUGUGUUGUUGUGGUAUUAAAAUCAUUGUUGCUUAUUAUCAGGCCAAAGUUGAGUGUUGGUAUUUGUUAACAUGAUAUUUGUCAAGAUGAACAUCCCAACAUUUUUAGGCCAUUUGCGAGUUGAUCAAGUUGAUUUUGUAUCUUGGUGUAGAGCAUAAAGAUUUAACUGAUGUAUAUUUCAAACAAAGAGAUGAUCGCACAUUUUUUGGAGGUUAUUUUUUUGGUGGCACAGCUUUUGGUGCUUUCUCGGACGGUGGGGUGUUUAGGUUUCUUCCAUUUGAGUUUGACGCUCUUUGGGAUUCUGUCAUGUUGGGCCCUGACAUCUGUGCUACUUUAUUCAACAAAAGCUGUGGAUUUUGUGUCAAAAUAAAUGAUAAGUGCUACCAAA